GGAAACGGGAGCAAAGUCAGUUUCCUCUAAAAUGGCGGCCCUGGAGGAGGAUUUUACGCUGAGUGGUCUCGUGCCGGGUGCUGGCCUCGAUGGCCUGCUGGGUGUCGAACAAGGACUCAAAGGGGACCUGUUCCUGGUCACUGAUCGCGGCAGAACGGUCAUCCUCUACAAGGUUUCAGAUCAAAAACCGUUGGGUUGCUGGUCAGUGAAGCAAGGUCAAAAAAUAACAUGUCCAGCUGUGUGCAACUUUCAAACUGGAGAGUAUGCUGUUGUCCAUGAUGAUAAGGUUUUAAGAGUAUGGAAAAACGAAGAUGUAAACUUGGACAAAGUAUUCAAAGCAACACUGUCUGCUGAUGUAUACAGUAUACAUUCAGUACAAAAUACUGAACCACUUGUCUUGUUCAGAGAAGGUGCUGUUCGAAGUCUAGAUGUUUUGCUUGCAGAACCCCAACAAAAAAUUGAAGCUGUUAUUUCAGAUGACGAAGUUAUUAAGUGGACAAAACUUUUCUUGGACUCUAAUCAGCCUGUUUUGAUAUUUGUUACAGAAAAACAUGGAAAUUAUUUUGUGUAUGUGCAAAUGUUUAAUCCACAUAACUUAUGUAAGUAUACCCUUUUACCUGGAGAAGAACCACCAGUUACAUUGAGUUUUGCUGCAUCUGUGAAUGGAAGAUUAGUCACUUUGCUAUGUUUAAGCUGUACUGGGUGUAUAUAUGAAACUUUGAUACCACUAAAUCAUGGUAAACCUGAAGAGAAGAAAGUAUUAGUCACAUCCCUCUUACUCAAGACUUAUGUAUCUGGUGAUGUUUUGAAGGGUGUUUCAUUUGCCAUUCUUGAUAAGGAUCAUGUAGCAGUCAUGGGAACAUCACUCAAGGCUCCUAAAGAAAACAUCUCUAUUUGGAAUAUAAAGUUUCAAACAUUACAAACUUCAAAGGAAUUACCACAGGGGACCAGUGGUCAACUCUGGUGUUAUGGGGAGAAACUAUUUAUACUGCAUGGAAAGUUUUUGACUGUGAUCCCAUUUAAGUGUGAAAUAUCAUCAUUAGCGGCUGCUCUGGGAAAACUCAAGAAUAUUCAAGCUCCAGGUACCCAAACUAUGUCCCACUUUGUAAACUGGGGAGCAUUUCAAGGAGAUGGUCUUGAAUCACGAGAUUCAAAUAAUUUAACACCCCUUAAAGGACAGUCAAAGAGAAGUUUAAGAACAAGAAAAAAUGAGACACGGUCUCAGCUGGAGGAUUCAACAAACAAACAAUUUCUAUCAGGUAUCAAGGAUGCUUCUGAAAAACACCUUGACCAACAGUUGAGUAAGUUUUUGGCUGAUAAACGGACACCUGACUUUCAAAUUACUAUUGGUCACAUAGUUUCAGAACUGGUGGGAAGGUGUAAGACAGAACCACCUUUUUAUCCUCAGAGUAGUCUCGUACAACUCAUCCAAACUCAAGUACUUUCUUACAGUUUGUGCCCUGACUUGAUGGCAGUUGUCUUAGAAAAGAGAGAUGUACAUUUGUUACAGCUCUGUCUACAGCAGUUCCCUGACAUUCCUGAAUCAAUUACCUGUGCUUGCUUAAAGGUUUUCCUAAGCAUUGGUGAUGACAGCCUUGAAGGGACAAAUGUGAAUAUGGAGUCGGUUAUUGGUUACAUUGACUUUCCUCAAAAUGAGAAAACAGGAAAGAAAGAAGUUCUUCAAAAUGGUUUCAGUCCAGUACUUUUAGAAGAGGAAAACAUUGAUGACAAGUUAAAUAAAUCAGAUGGCAUGAUGAAUACUACUCUGACAUGUCCUGUAACUCCCCAAAAGGCAGCUUUACUAAAUGCAAUUCUCCACUCAGCAUAUAGUGAAACAUUUCUUUUGCCCAAUUUGAAAGACCUCACAGUCCAACAUGUCAUUCUAUUUCUCCAGUAUUUACAUUUCCUUUAUGAGAAAUGUAGUGAAAAUGCUAGUAUGACUCUUCCAGGACCCUGUCCUCCAACCCUGAACCAGAUUAUGGAUUGGAUCUGUCUACUACUAGAUGCUCAUUUUACGGUGGUUGUGAUGAUUCCAGAAGCAAAAGGAAUAUUGACAAGUCUUUAUAAGUUUGUGAAAGCCCAGGUAUGGGUUUAUUCUGAGCUCAAUAAAAUUGAAGGAAGUUUACAGCAGCUACAAAAAUUGCAUCAGCAAAGAAAUAUGGGAUUGUAUUCAAUUGAAGUACUUGAACUCAUCUGAGAUUAGCAUCCAUUAUGCAGAGACUUUUAUGAAGACCUCUUUCUUGAGUUGAUUCUCUACUCCUACUCAUCCAGUUAAACAGAAGAAUUCGGUUUAUGACUUUGUUUUGAUGUCAAGACAAAUUUCAAAGACCAGAGGAAUCAGAACUUAUUGCUUCUCACUUGAUGAGAGUUCCAUAUUUCAUACUGAACUAUUCUAGUUUUAUAGAUGAGUACUGGGGAGUGGAGAGGCAAUGUUCUGCAAGUAACUUUUUAAAGUAUAACUUGGUUGAUUUUAAGUAUGUAUUAUGUAUGGAUAAAAAUCUAAUUUCUUACAAAAAAAGUUUUUGAGUAGUACUUCUUAUAAAACAAUUACCUUUGAAAUAAUAGAGAAGAAUUUAUUUUAGUUGAAUAAGAAAGCUAUACCAGGUCAGCAGUUCUCAUUACUGAACAUUUGUAAUCUCAAUUAAAUCAAAGAAUUUAACUAUUCAUGAUCUUAUUUCAUCUUAGUAAAUGCUUAUUGAUUGUUUGACAUAAUCUAAAAUUAUGUGAACAGCAAAAGUCAGAAGUAACAAAUUCCAACAAGAUAAGAAAAAUAUUUUACCUCUGCUUCUCCCCACAUGGUACAGAGAUAGCAAAUAAUAUCCUAAUAAAUACCGUAUGUAACGUCUUUGAUUUAAAUCCAUUAUUUCCCCCAUUGCUUUAUGUUAUAUAAGUUUUAAAAUAUUCCUAUUCUUCUACAGCCACUAUAAGGUAACAUCUUGUAUUCAGUAACAAGACAUAUUUUUAAAUUACUAGUUAAAAUAAUGAUCAGUUUAUAUUUGUUGUAUAUUUUGUUUUACAACAUAAAGAGUAUAAAUACCAAGUGUAAUACUUCUAAAAUUAUUGUCUAAAUGGUUGAUUGAACCAUUGUGCUGUUUGGAACAAUGAAAAGUUUCAUGUGAAGAGAAAUCAUGGAUAUUUUUGCUUCUUGAAAAUAUAUACCUUGAAUUAUUUAUUAACUU